CUUGUUUCAGCCACAGAUCCUCCAAUUCUUUUUCUUUUCGGCUCUCAUAGUCUGGUAUUGUGCGCAUCAUCUCCCUCCCAACUCGUCCGGACGUCAUCGGGCACUUUUUUUCUCAACCGCCAACCGCCAUGCCCCCCAACACCGGCAUCCCCCAACAUCGGCGGGCAGAGUGCUGACUGCCUUGGGAAGGGAGAUUCACGGCCUCUUAUCGCCCCUAUAUGCGAAGGACAUCAGCAGCAUCAGCCAGCAAUCCCGUGCAGCCAUCAACAACCUUGAGGAAGAUCCCGCCUUCUUCGACACAAGACCUGCUCACCCAUCCUGACCUCCCCUUCACACCGACAGCCGAGAAGAAGCACAUCCUCUUCGGCGAGGCUGCGCUCUCAGUGCUGGGCCUCGCGGGGAAGCUGGAGACUCACCUUCGAAGCCGCCCUCGAAACAGUCAGGCACUGACUGAACAGAAGAAGGAAGGUAGACCAGACCAGACACCGAUGUGUGUGUGUGUGUGUGUAUGUGUUACUUACAGGGAAAUCAGCGAGAAGUUGCUCAUCCCAGGUGUCUUCACGCUCGACAAACAAGGGGGGCACCAGUUCAAGGGAGGCGCAGUCAUAAUGAGAAUGCGUUCGUUUCUCGCGUUCAUCGCUGGCUACAUUUUACAUCUGCUGUUUCCUCUGGCAUCCACUCCGUUUCUUUCCGCACUUUGACACAUGCAUGUGUCUCCACUUCGAAUGCAAGUACAGUGCACACGCGCACACACACACACAACGCACAUGCAUUGCGUCCGUGCACAGAGAGCGGUCGUGUGUUGGUUGUCUUCUCUAUGGAAGACAUCCCUCCAAAGGCCUGCCUACUUACUGUCUGUGGUGUCUACUUACUUUGCUGUGUGUGUCUCUGCCAUCGUCAGAUAAAUUGGGCUGGCACUGUGUGGUGCGUGUGUGUGUGUGUGUUGGGGGCGUGCGAGGGGGGGUACUGUGUGCAGCUCGUCUUCGUGUGUCGAUGCAAUCGAUGUAUGCUGGAUUAACAUGUCCGUCGGUCGGCGGCGUGAGACACACAUGAAUAGACAUAACCGAGUGAUUUUUGAAGGUGUGUUUGGGC